UACUGGAUGAACACAUUUAUGUGGCGGAAGUGAGUGCGGGAGUUUAUGUUGUGCAUCUGAAACCUCACCACAUGAAAGCUGACGAUACUCUGUGACACGGCUCAAGAAUUGGACUUUGAGUUCCUGCAAUCGAAGAACAAUUCAGGACAGAUACCUCAGAGGAGAAUCCUCCAGUCCAAACUGCGGUAGACGAGGCUCUGCAUCAGCAAACACUUAGCAGAACAAACGGGUGCUUACUCACAGGAAACAAAAGGUAUAAACAUGUCUGAAUAUGAUGACAAAGGAGACUGGAAGGAUAAAGAAGUCCCUGAGAGCAGACGGCCCGCUGUCCCUGAGGUCCUGCAAGAGGAUGCUGAAAGCGCAGGUAAAAAACUCUGCAAGACAGCCGAGGAACAGGAGGCAGAGGAACCAGAGGAGCGGCUGGCAUCGAUGUGCCGUAGCCACAAGCUCUGGGACGGCUAUAAAGAGGACAGGGCCUUUACAGGAGAACCUCUGGCCCCAGACGGAAGCAAAGUAAGGAAUGAGGCGGAACUAGGUUGGAGCGAAAGUGAUGAGGACAUGGGCUAUUUUCAGAAAGGACCUCAAGAUGAAAGUUGGAUGAACACACAAGGUGAUUUUCUUCCGGAGGAAGAGCGAGAGAGCGCCAACGAGAGGGGUGCAGAGUCGGAUGAGUUGAUGUACAAAGACAAAGAGAAGGAGGAGAAGAAAGCUAACUUCCUCACCAUGCUGUCUCCUCGAGAGGAUGGAGGCCCGUGCGGAGAUGAGGACGUUCUUAAUUUUCCUAUACGAGACCUAGUGCAAAGUCUGGGGGAGCUCGUGUCUGGAGAGGACACGGUGGAGGGCUCUACUGAAAAAGGGAAGGAAUUCACUGGGGAUGACCACCAACGGGCUGGGGCGACCUUUGCCGUGUUCCCCCCAGACAUCUCUUCUUGGGGGAAAGACGAGGCCGCAGAUGAAGAAAGCAAAGGCAAUCUGGAUGCAGUGCUUUCUGCCUCGAGUGAGACAUCUCAUCUUGAUAGAGAGACAGAGCCCACACUGUUAGGUACAGGAAAUAUUGACAAUAAAGAAGACCGGGAUUUGGGUUCUGGAUGGACCGAAACAGUUGUAGAAGCAAAGUGCAGGGCUUUCACAGCUGGGGCAACGGACGACAAAUGCAAAUCAAAAACCCUUCCAUAUGCACAAAGAACUGUGCUGUCAUGUUGGAUUGAUGUUGGAGAGGAGAUAGGUAAGUGUCCAGAGAAUGCAGAUCAUACCCAAGAUGAGGCAGAGCUAAUUGGAGCAACCAACACAUGCUCUCCAUCAGAUAAAGAUCUUCAUCAUUUCUACGACCAUACAUGUGCCACAGAGUCCAUUUUUGACGCAAGACCACCAAUAAUACACAUCAUCAGCAACAGUGAUGAUAUCCAAGCUAACAAGACUGAUGGGGAAUGCAAAAGAGAUGAUUUAAGUCAGCAUGAGUCAGCUCCUGCACUCAGUCCACCGCCAUUACAGAAACACCAUGUCGAGAUGAGGACAGUCUCUGAAGACUCAUCUCUGACAAAGAUCGACACCACAUGGGAGUCACCGACUGGUGGUGAGGACAACAUGUGGGCAAAAAUGCCUGGGUUCUCUCAAGAGUCCAUGCUAAACACAGAAGACAGAGGCAAGCAGAACUCACAGUCUUCACUUGAAACUGCAGAGCCUGCCAAGGUGGCCUCAAAAGACCCCUUCAACACAGACGUUCAGGGUGACAUACGCCCCAGCACCUUGUUGUCCAAUCAGGGAUCUGUGGAUGACGGUUUCUUCUUCACCCAUGAGGACGAGGCUUCGGGAAUUGCUGAGCUCGGAUAUGAUGGAGACGAGUAUGAAGACAGCAGGAAUUGGGAAGACGAACAGGAGAGAAUCCAGGCUUUCUACAAGUUUUACAAUGAAAGCGAUGGGGAAAUGGAUCAAGAAGGCAGGAAGACAAAAGUACACUUUUGCAUGGAUCUGUUGCCUCAAGUCUUUCACUAUGAUAGUGAGGCGGAUUUAUUGGACAGUUCUACUGAGGCAGAGGAAGAGAUGAUCCCUGAAUACAACGGGAAGAGAGAAAAUGAUACACCCACAUUGAACUCCAAUCUACAACUCAACCGCGAUGUGGUACCAGAGACUGGUCUUGGGUUGCUGAAAUCCAUCCUCAAGAUGUUCCUGGUGAUGGGGACUGGCCUGCUGGUGUUCUGGUGGACUAUGGAUGAGACUGACUUCCUUGGACUCCCUCUUUUCAAGGGAUAAUAUGCCUACCUUCUUUAUUCAUGUGAAGCAUUGCUUGAUGGCUUGUCCAAAGUAAAUUCCAUUAAUAAAUUUGUAUUUCACAAAGAAAUGUAAAUCUGUGAAUGACAGUUUAGAGGGAUUCAAGACGGAGGCCAUGUGGCCUGGUUUAUAAUUUGCAAACAAUACAAUUAGUGGAACCUUACGUAUAUUAGCUUUUCAACUUACAGUUGAGGACUCGACGCUUGUAGCUGUUGAAAUUAAAUAAUUUCUCACACACACACACACACACACACACACGCACACACGCGCACACGCGCACACACGCACACACACAGGAGGAUCCAUAGUUUUGUUCCUUGAUCAAGAUAAUUUUCUUAUUAUUAUUUUUUUAAAGAUCGAGGGAUACAAUGCAAGAUAUAAGACAAAUGAAUAGUUCCGGAGCUAUUUUGUCAACAAAAAAAAAGAUCCAGGACAAACUAUGGCC